AUGGUGAAGGAUUAUCUGCUGUUACUAUUCAGAUCAUUUGUUCUUGUAGUACAAUAUAGUUGCUAUGCAGCUGUGGCAUUACUACUCAUACCGUUCCUAGGUCUUUAUGCCUUCGAUCUAUUUUUAUAUGUUUACCGACUAGUGGAUUACUCCGUGCGUCUUAUAACGUACAGGAAGAAGCUUACAAACAGGGAACAGCAAGCGAGCACUAGCUCAAGGGAGCAUCUCACAACUGAAGCGGGUACACAGUCAACCCAAAAGAUAUCGCGAGAGUCAGGAUGGGGGAGUAAAGGACUAGGUGCCGGCAAGCUUUUCCUAUUUUACGACGUAGGUACGAGAGUGGUCAGGCAUGCGAUCAACUCUAUUGAAGGCCCCAAGCACUCAAGAACCACAAAAUCAGAGUGA